AUGUUAUUUGUUUUUUUGUCUGUAAGAGAUACAACACUAAGACAAUUUUCAUUCACACCACAACGUAUUAUCUACACUCGUGUGCCCAAAUGUGGUAGUACAACAUUACUUCGUUUAUUUCAAGAUCAGAGUCAAAUAAUGAAUUUUAAUGUUGCUGUUCGUGGACCCGCAUGGACAUAUCAAUUAAAUACUGAAGAACGAAAAAGAUAUAUUAUGGAAAUUAACAAUUUACAACCAUUCACUAUAUUCAUACGUCAUAUUUAUUUUGUCAAUUUUGGUUUUCAACAGUCAUCAUCAUCUUCAUUAGGCCAUAUUAGUUUAAUACGUGAUCCCAUAAAACGUAUCAUAUCACAAUAUUAUUUUGUGCGUCAUAGAUGCUUACAUGACAAAAUUUGUCCAGGAAAAUUUAAUAAAGCUUAUAUAAAUCAAACAUUAGAUGAAUGUUUAGAACACAGUACGUACAAAUGUAUAUCAAUGGUUAAUGGUGUAUCAAAUAUGAUUGGAUUUUUUUGUGGACAAUCUCUUUUUUGUAAUGACUUAAAUUCCGUAAAACCAUUGAAGAAAGCAAAAUUAAAUAUCAUACAAUAUUAUACAAUGGUAGGCAUGUUGGAACAAUUGGAUCAAUUUCUCUAUGUUUUAAAUCAUCAGAUGCCAAGAUAUUUUGAUAAUAUUCAUCACUUAUACAAAGCAAGAAAAUCUCCACGUAAAAAUAAAUCGGCUAAACCUCCACACUUACCUAGUAAUCAUACAAUAAAAAAAUUAAAAAUAUUAUUGAAAAAUGAAUAUGAACUAUAUGAAUUUGUUUACAAACGAUUCAAUGAACAAUAUACUAAGUUGAUCAAAACUUAUUCUACAAACUCCAAUAUGACACGGUAG